AUGGCCACUUCUUCACAUUUACUCCUUUCUCUUCUCCUUUGCCUUUUCUUUCUCUCAACCCCAACUCUCUCCAGAAAAAUAAUUUUGAAACGUACUGCUCCUGCCUCAUCUCCUAGUGAAGAAACUCCAACAAUCUCACCUUCUCCCUCAGAAAUUCCAAAUCCAAGUACUGCUUCAUCACCUUCACCUGUAAAUGCACCAAUUAGCUCAAUUUCACCAUCUCCUCAAGAAGCUCCAAUUGUCAUCGUUUCACCUCCUCCUCAAAGUGGUGAUUCUCCUCGUCCUGCUCCUGUUCCUGCUCCUGCUCCUGUGCCUGAGCGCAUAUGUGGCCAUCAUCCUCAUGAGGGCCACCACUCAGGUCACGUCGGCCACCAUCGCCACCACACUAAAUGUAUUCACCACCGCCGCCGCCACCACCAUCACCAUGGUAAAGAAUCCCACCAUCAUGAACAUGAUCAACCACCUGUUCAAGAACCUGCACCUUCUGCACCAGUUUCUUCUCCUGAAGUUUCAGCUCAAGCUCCUGAAUCUGAAUGA